AUGACGACAUCCGCAACUUCGAAUAGCACCAACGAAGCGGACAAGCAAGAUGGACUGCACACAGAGGAGCAGCAAUUCGUUCAGCACAUGGGCUGGAAGGCUCUAUUCAGCUUCACAACACGAAAACAUGUCCCUGUUCUCGCCUUCGCCUUAUCCGCCUCGACCCUCGCCGCCCUAACGCUUCCCGCUCUGGCCGUCUUGUACGGUCUGCUGUUUCGAGAGUUCGGAGCUGUUGCCAAAGGUGACAAGUCAGAUUCGCAAUUCCUGAAGCAGGUCUCGACUUAUUGCAUAUACGUCACGGCUAUAGGCGGCGUAAGCUGGCUGGGUAACAGUCUGCACUUCGCCGCAUUCAUGACAUUCGGCGAGUUGCAGGCACGUAGCGCAAGAGGGAGAAUAUUCGGCGCAUUGCUCAAGAAGGAUAUGGCAUGGUACGACACGCAAGAUGCGGGUGUAGCGGCAUUCUUGCCAGCGAUGCAAACGCAGAUUCACGACCUCCAGGUUGCAGUCUCGCAACCUUUCGGAUUAGCUGUGCAAUGUGUUGUUCAAACCAUCGGCGCUCUAGCUGUCGCCUUCUAUUCAUCGUGGAGCCUCACCCUGGUCAUCAUCGCCUCGGUCCCCAUUAUGUACCUUGUGACAGCCUAUUUAUCCAAGCUGUUGGCGCAACGCGCAAACGAACAGAGCGACGUCUUGCAGCAAGCAUUAAAAUACCUCACCAAUACAAUCCGCAGCAUCGAGACCGUCAAAUGCUUCAACGGGGAACGAUUCGAGUCUCAAAGGUACGGCAAAGUGGUUGCUUCAGCCGGGAGCUUGUACAACAAACAAGCCAACUUUCGAGCUCUGCAAUUGGGUGCCAUGCAAUUCUUCACACUUAGUGUCUUCUUCCAAGGCUUCUGGUACGGCGCAAACCAAAUAUUCCAAGAGAAGAUGAACAUUGGGCAGGUCAUCACAACAUUCUGGGCAGCUAUGAUGGCUGUACAAGGAGUGACUGGAUUUCUUCCCCAGUUCAUUGUUCUGCAGAAAGGCAAAGUCGCUGGCGCAAGGCUCAGGGCGCUGGUGGCACAAAUAUCUGAAGCUAGUGCUCUGGUUGAGACGAUGGGGCAACAGAUACCGGCCAAGUGUGAAGGCAACAUUGAGUUUCAGAAGGUAUCUUUUUCAUAUCCAUCGCGGGCAGAUCAGGUUGCUUUACGCAAUGUCUCCCUGUCAUUCCCAGCUGGCGAGACUACCUUCGUGAUUGGACGAAGCGGAUCGGGCAAGAGUACGCUAGGGCAGCUGCUCGUUCGAUUUUACCAGCCGGCCUCUGGUCAGAUCCUGCUUGAUGGCAAUUCAAUCCAAAGCUCUGAUGUGCAUUGGCUCCGCCGUCAGAUUACACUCGUCGAACAACAUAGCGUAUUGUUCGACGCCUCUAUACGACGCAACGUUGCUUUGGGUAAACCGGACCAGGAGACCAGAAGCACAGAUAUCCUCGAUGUUCUAUCUUUUGCUAUGCUCCAACAGAUGAUAAAAGACCUUCCAGACGGUCUCGACACCGAGCUGGGAUUACAAGGAAACAAUCUCAGUGGUGGGCAGCGGCAGAGAAUGGCGCUUGCGCGCGCCCGUCUACGCGAUUCUCGGAUACUCAUUCUCGAUGAGUCUACAAGCGCGCUUGACUACAUCACAAGGUCCAACAUAUUGCAAGCAAUACGGUCCUGGAGGCGAGAUCGAACAACUAUUAUCAUCACACAUGAUAUUACCCAGAUCGACUCGGAAGACUUUGUGUACGUCAUGGACAGAGGGCAAGUGGUACAACAAGGCACACGGAAAACAAUGGAAGCAGUGCCACACUCUGCGUUCCACACUUUUAUGGACAUACUUGAGAAAGACUGGAAAGAAUUGUCGGACGAAGAAGACUCUGAGGAUGACGCGGAUAUCAUUGUGGGGCUCUAUGCAGAUUCAGGGAAUGGGUCAAGAACACCAAGUCGCCCUAAUUCUGCCAUGAUCAGGCGUUCUGGAAUGUUUUCACCUUUUCUAAGUCCGGAUAUCGAAAGCGCGUUUGCUAGAAGUUGGAGAGCUUCUGGGGAUUUCUCCGGCGGAACAACAACCAACUUUUCCGGCAAGCUCCGCCCGCGCCCUAUGUCAGCGAUUGGUAACGAUCGAGAGCGAUCACCCCUUAGAACAACGAUACGACCGCAGUCAGCAGGUUCUUGUUUUUCCAAAGAUAUCGAGUUGUCGAGGCCAAUAUCCAGAGCUAGGCCCAUAUCUAUUGCCGCGUCCACUAGACUACCCAGACCAAUGAGUGUGGCUGAAGAGCCGUCCCAUCGAGUAAAGUUCCGCGCGAGAAUGAAGAAACGCAAACAACGUCGUAGCAAGGAGGAGAAGUCGACCAACACUAUCGAGCAGCUAAGUAUUAUCGGUGUACUACGCACGGUAUGGCCUUCGGUUGACUGGCCUACACGAUCCGCUGUGCUCCUAGGGCUCUUUUGCUCUCUAAUCCACUCGGCGGCUACUCCUGUCUUUGGAUACGUGCUGUCUCAGCUAUUUUCGACAUUCUACACUCUGAGAAACCAAAAGCAAUUGGCUCAGACUUACGCUCUUUCGAUAUUAGGCAUUGCAGCAGCCGAUGGCUUGGCCAACUACGGGUUCAACGUGUGCUUCGAGAUUGUUGCGCAGAGAUGGGCUACUACGCUCAGAACUGAGAGCAUGAAACGUAUACUUCUACAGCCACGAGAAUUCUUCGACCGGGAGGAGAACAGUGUACCGCGGCUUGCUGAAUGCUUGGAUCAAUUCGCGGAAGAGGCUCGAAAUCUUCCAGGACGCUUCUUCUGCAUUCUGAUCAUCAUGGUCUUCACAGUCGUCAUUGCACUCAUUUGGGCCCUCGUCAUUUGCUGGAAGCUUGUGCUCGUAUCUAUCGGUUGCCUCGCAGUCAUGUUCUGCAUCACCAGAGUUUUCCACUCGAUCAGCAAUCGCUGGGAGAGUCUUGGUAACAGCGCAAGCGAACGAGUAGGCCAAGUUCUGCACGAGACCUUCAUCAACAUCAGAACAGUACGGUGCCUGGUGCUGGAGGAUGUAUUCCGGAAGAACUAUGCGGAGGCCACCAAUAGUGCUCUUGCAAUCGGAAUGAAACGAGCGAUAUAUACCGGCUCAAUAUACGGUCUCAACUACGCCAGCGCGGCGUUCGUCACAGCGACUCUCAUGUGGUGGGGAGCCUGGCUCGUGUCGAAAGGCCAAUACACUUCUAACGACAUCAUCACCGCCUUCAACGUCCUCAUGCUGAGCGUCGCCCACGCCAAUCACGUUGGCGAUUACAUCCCCCAAAUCAAUGUCUCCAAGGAUGCUGCUUCGCGUCUCAUGCGUCUUGCACGCCUUUCGCAAGAUUCCCAUGAGCUCAGCGGUACUUCGCAGCUCUUCACCGCCGGCGACAUCGUGCUUGAAAAUGUCAACUUCACUUAUCCGACCAGGAAAGACCAUCAAGUGCUCAAAAAUGUAAGCUUCAACAUUCCCAAGGGAAGCUGCACAGCCAUAGUCGGCGCCUCUGGAUCCGGCAAAUCCACUAUCGCCUCGCUCCUGUUAAAACUCUACCAAACAGGCGCCAUACCAUCCCCCUACAACCCAGAUAUCUCGGUCUCCAAACAAGACAUCAAAAGGCUACACACUCUCACCCUCCGCUCACGCAUCGCCGUGGUCCCGCAAACCCCAGUCCUCUUCCCCGGCACCAUCAGAGAUAACAUCAUCUACGGCCUCGACCUAUCAAGCCCCUAUACAACCGAGGAAAACAUCCGCGCCUCCGCCUUCGCAGCCGGCUGCGACGACUUCAUCGACAGCCUCCCGCAAGGCUACAGCACCGUCGUCGGCGACGGCGGCACCGGCCUCUCAGGCGGUCAAGCCCAACGUAUCGCUAUCGCUCGCGCGUUGGUCCGCUCCCCCGACAUCCUCAUUCUCGACGAAGCCACCUCCGCCCUGGACGUCGAGUCUGCUGGCAUCGUGCGCGACACUAUCCAACGACUUGUUCACGAGUCCCGAAAUCGUGAUUUUGACUCCGCACCGAGUAGUUCUCACAGCAAUAGGGAAGCUACGAAGAGACUAAGCGCGAGGAUGAGCCAGGCAUUUCAGAGGCAGGGGAUGACGGUGAUUAUCAUCACGCAUGCGAGAGAGAUGAUGGCGAUUGCGGAGCAUAUUGUUAUGCUGGACCAGGGGAGGGUUGUGGAGGAAGGGGGUUAUGAAGAGCUGAGGCGGAAGAGGACGGGACCGUUUGCAAGGUUGUUGAAGGGUGAGGCGGGUGAUGAUGGUGGGGAGUUUCUAUAA